AUGAUCCUGGACGCGAUUCGGUGGAUGGAUGCGUCGAUAGUGAAUCCUGUUGCGACGCGAUUGGCCGGAUCUGUGGCCAACCCGGCCGUGCUGAGCUUCUUGCUGUGGGAACGACUGAAGACACUGACGCCGCAGCACGCACGUGAUUUGAUGCGGCUACUGUCCACUGCAGUGGCCAAUGCCUUGGAUGUUCUUCGUGCUGAGAGGGGCAAGCAGCUCGGAGUCAGCUCCAAGCAACUGCAGAAGGACUUUCUGCGAGCUGCCAGUAGCCGCAGCGGUCGAGAGGUGGUGUUAAAUAGCGUGGCUACAAUGGCUAAGGUGGCGCAGGCACUCAACACACCCGAGACCAAGGCAGCUACGCAGCAGCUGUUUCAGACGCUGCAGUCCGUGGUGGACUUCUUUGCAAGCUACGAUGGACGACGCAUUAUUUCGAGUACUGGCCAGUGUCUUACUAGUGUUACUGAGGUGACAGCGUCACCUGAAGCCUCCAUUUUCUUGGCGGAACUAGCCACGAACAUCUUGCACACGCUCGAAAGUGAGGCGAAACGGCAACAUUCGAGUAGUGCUAAAGAGGAGGAGGAAGUGAAGGAAAAGAAGGAGGAAGAACAAGACGGGCGAGAACGGGAGGUUGAUCAGGAGCUACCGCGUGAGACGGAGGCGGACCAUGAAAGGGAUCAUAACGAUUCGUACUCACCGGCCUUUUCGAUGGCUGAGACGCGGCGGAGUUUCGACACGGAAUCCAUGCUAUCGUCAGCACCUGAAACUCCUACGAUGGGGAUGUUUGCGCCUCACGCACCGGCACACGGACCUAUGUCGUCGUCAUCUCCCAUGCUACCAGGAUCGCGACAUCAGGCGCUGAUAUCGCCGCUCGCAGAGAAAAGUAAAAGCUACCGCUCGGCACGCAUUGAAAAGGAGGUGUUGCUGAAGUUGGGAGUCGACCCGUCAUUGCUCAGCGAGAUCCAGCGUGUGCUUGAUGUUAUCACAGCUGACGAAGAAAAGAAAGAAUUGGCGGAAUUGCAGCGUCGGCGUGAAGAGGCAGAGAUCUUUUCGAGCUUAGAUGAAGAAAAAACUGACGAUGUCACCCACGGUAACGAAGGAGUGUCGGACCCGACAUCAGAACUGCUUCCUGAAUGGCACGAGGAGCCGCUGCGGGAGGCACUUCGCCGUCGCCACGCCCACGCUGAAGCGUCAACGGAGGAACGAGAUUCUGCACAUCGCCAAGCUUGCGAGAUGGCGGCGGUGCUGGCUCGACGCAAUAUUGAGCAUGGAGACCUCCAACCUGGUGAUAUUGUGGCUUGCCGGAUUAUAGCCCGGAUGAUCGUAUACGGUGCGGGUCUGUCCUUGCUGCUGUCGGGGUACCUGCUCAGUCGGAAGCUCUUUGGUUGA